CUCUGCACCGCAACCCGAGCAGCCGUGCCAACGUCCGGCGGCGCCGCAAUCAAACUUUUCUGUACCAUUUUUUCACGUCACCUGGGCGCGAGACAUAAAUUUCUGGCAUCCUAUGCAAAUGUAUGCUGACGUAAAAGAUCAUGUGGUUUUUGUCGUCGAUCCCCCCUAUGAGCAACGAGGAGGGUUUUUUUUUUUUUUUUUUUUUUUUCCUCCUCUCUACUGUUGUCUUUAGGUUAGCUAUGCUACAAUCUUUACUGUACCCAGCGCUAGCUAUAUGCGCCCCGCACCGCACCACUCUGGAUAUCUGGGAAUAAAAAUCAACUUCCAGGCUUGUUUGUCGCACCCUGCACGCAGAGACCCGCACACAGAUUCCACAGGAGAUUACCCAGAGUGCCGCCGGCCUGAGGAUCAUCCAGAAGAGAGAGAGAGAGGGACGAGAGGGAGAGAGAGAGAGAGAGAGAGAACGAGGAGGACGCACACGGUGAUUGGAGGAGGAGGUGGAGCCUCAGAAAGACUCCCCUCUCCCCCCCUCAUGUGAAGCCCCUCCCCUCUGAGGAAGUGCACUUGAGCGCCACUGCUGUCUGUGAUGCCCUCCCAUGACGCCCAGGUCGGUAGCUGACACUGCCAGUGAGCGGGAGACGCCACUGCACAACCGGUCCUGGGCCGGCACCGUCAGCCGGUUCUCGCCCUCCCUCUCGCACGCUGGAGACUCCACCUCCACCCACCUACCAGUAUCCACAACCAUCAGCUCAGACCCACCCCAGUAAAGUCCCCUCAAAAACCGACACGCUGACGUCCUCGGCCAGCACCAGCAGCAGCAGCCAAAAACCACAGUAUCUUCAACGCAAACAGCAACACCAGCACCGCCAUUAUCACCACCACCAGCAGCAGCCAACAUGUCCAGUCGUAGAAAGUCCUCCACCCCCUGCAUGGUCCGGGUCAUCAAUGACCUGCCUGAAGAGCAAGAUGACCCUGAGGAAGUAAUGGACAUGGAAAUAUUGGCGGACAAAGAUGUGACAGAAAAAGAACAAUCACAAUCAUCUGAAUCUGCAGAAAAGAGUCAAGACCCCCAGCAAGAGAAUCCAGAGAAUCAAGACCAGCAGAUGUUUCCAAAACCAGUGGAAAACCAGAAUCCUGAGCCAUCAGAACAAGAUGAGGAGUCAGGUAAAAAAGACCAGCCCCCUGUCAUUGAAGAUGUAGAAGCCACAGAGGAGAAGGACAGGGAAGGGGUUGAAUCUGACCCGGCGUCCCAGAAAAAGCAGCCCAGAGGGUACGAGUGCAAGUACUGCCCGUUUUCAACGCAGAACCUGAAUGACUUUAAAGAGCAUGUGGACUCCAGCCACCCUAACGUCAUUCUCAAUCCGUUGUACCUCUGUGCUGUCUGCAACUUCAACACCAAGAAGUUUGACUCGCUCACAGGCCACAAUGAGAGCCAGCACCCGGGCGAGACAAAUUUCAAGUUCAAGAGGAUAAAAAUGAACAAUCAGACUAUCUUAGAGCAGACAAUCGAAGGCAAGGACAAUUCAGUUCAAUGCGAAGUGACAAAUGAACAGGGUGAAAACAACAGCAGUUCGGUGUUUCCACCUUGCAUAUCUACCACAGUGAAAACCCCAGAAAACAUUCAGUCGCUGUUUCAAGGGAGCGAAUUGAAAAGCCAGCUGGACAGCCUGAUCCAGAAGGAUCAAAUAACAGCAGUGAACAUCAACGGAACAGUCAUCAUCCCUGAACCCACCAUCCUCCAAGGGCUCUCUCAUGUCACCCCGAUGCUCCAGCGCCCGCCCAACUUUAACUCUGUACCAAAAAUAGCUGUUCCCUUGAACACCACCAAAUAUAACCCUUCUUUAGAUGACAACUUGACGUUGAUCACCUCCUUUAACAAGUUUCCUUACCCUACACAUGCAGAGCUGUCGUGGCUGACAGCUGCCUCCAAGCACCCGGAGGAACAGAUCAAAGUCUGGUUCACCACCCAGCGACUGAAGCAAGGUAUCACCUGGUCCCCAGAGGAAGUGGAAGAAGCCAGGAAGAAGAUGUUCAAUGGCUCCAUCCCUCCUGCCCAUCACACGUUCACCGUCCUGCCUACAAGCCCAAUCUCUCAGCCGUCUGCCAAAUUCUCCCAGCAGCCCCUUGUCCACACUACAGUUGGGCAUCCAAGUCAUGUACGGACAGCCACAUCCAAUGGGUUCAGUGUAGUCACCACCACAAACUCUCCCGCUGGAGUUGCCAUGGGCGCCAGUCUUUCCCUUAAACGAACACACCUGACAACAGUGUUUGGCCCGGAAUCUAAGCGGCCCAUCAUGGCAGUUGCCCCCCAUUCUGGUGACCCUAAAGACAAAGUCCUCAUGGCUCCUCCUCCACCCCCUCCCCCCCAAAAAGACCGUCUCCCAAUGGCUCCGCCUCCAGUUCCCAUGGAGAUGAAGAGACCUGUAGCAGUUCCUCUGGUCACAACAGAAAUGAAGAGGUCAUCCGCUACUGUGCCUUUAAUGCCACCGCCAUCAUCGUCAUCAUCACCAUCUUCGAUGUCCAAAGGGAAGCUUCUCUCGACAUUAGGAAACCCCAAAACAAAGCCGGUGGUGUCGCUUCACUCCAUAGUCUUUCCAGAGUCUUUAACAAGACCAACGAUAGUUCCCCCGCCUAUCUUUGCCCCGUCAUUUAAAAACUCAUUACUUUUUCCUCUUACUUCGCCCAUCACUUCCAAAGAAAAGCACCAGAAUACCCACGCUAUGCCAGCUGCUGAUUUGAAGCUUCCAAACUCCCCUCCUCUAAUUACCACACAGAUAAGGAGGCCUCCCAUUAUCCAGUCCAUUCGUGCUCCGGCCAAAGCCCCAUCCCAGAUUCCAGGGUUCCCCUUAGAUAGCAAGAAACUAAAAGAGCAGCAAGGAGUUGAGCUGAAAGCCAGCUACCCCAGAGGAGACAAGGUACUCACUCCUCUGGCAGAGGCCAACGGGACAUCUCGCUCAGACAGCAAAUGGCCCCACGAUCAAAACUCCCUUGCUCACAACAACGGAGUCCAUUUGGAUGGUGGUGAGCCGCCAGCAGUGUUGAAACCAGACUUUCAGCAAAAGUCCUCGGUGCUGACCCAAUUCCCCUUGCUGGAGAGGAUGAAAGGAAAGACAGCGGAACAGCUAAAGAUCUUGGAGGAGAACUUCUUGAGGAACAGCUUUCCCACACACAGCGACGUGGACAAUCUGGCAGGCACCACCCACCUGUCUCACCAGGAAAUCGACAGCUGGUUUGUGGAGCGCCGUGCACUACGUGACAACCUAGAACAAGCCCUUCUCAACUCCAUGGGCACUAAGAGGAUGGGCGCCGGUGGGAUCGCCGGCAUCACCAAGAAACGACUUCAUCAGCAGCAACAGCAACACCAAACUCUACAGCUGAAUGGGAUUCACAAGCCAAGCACCGGCGUGGGCCACCUUAAAAGUCCUCUUCCACCCUCGCACACCCUGCCCAUCAUUGCUCCAGGCACCAUUGCCCCCUCCAUCCCCAACCCGAAUUCCUGCUCAGUGCCUCCAGACAGCCGAUCCCUGGCGCUCCUCAAGGACGAUUUUGCUCAAACGCGGUGGCCUUCCCCUGAGGAGUUCAGCCAACUGGAGGGUCGGACAGGACUGGCUCGCGCCGAACUCGCCCGCUGGUUCAACGAAAGCCAGCUGCAGAGCGGCAGCAUGGAGCUGACAGAACUUUUUCACAACAAUGGAGUGAAUGGAGGACAAGGGCCGCCUGUGAGCUCACCCGAAAACGCACCCCCAAGCAUUAUCCGGCGCUGUCAGGAAGGAGCCCUAACAAACAACAACAACGGCAGUAAAGUGUUGGAGGUUGAGUUGGGCUGGUUAAUGGAGCAACGCGCUAACAGCCUCAGCAGUCAACACCACGAUGAGCUUCAAGACCGGUUUGCUGGCAGACUGAGGCAGCAGAACGCGGCCGAGCUGAAGAACGGGGGACAGAACGGGGGAGUCGUGGGAGGAGCGCGGGAGGUGUUCGGGAGCUGGCUGCAGGACGGACACUCGAGGAGAGGACGGGAGCUGCUCCUGGACAGAGACAGGAAGAUGGCGGAGGACACGUCUGGGAGGCUGACUGGAUAAACGGUGCGAAUAGGAUUUGCCGCCGCCGCCACCGCUGCUGCUGGAAACAUACAGGAGGAAAGAAAACGAGGUGGAAGGAGAAUGGAGCAACAAAAGAAGAGUUUUUUAAUGAUCAGAUAUUGUAUAAUUUUUUUUUUUCCUCUUUUAUUUUUUACCAAUUUUUAUCUCGUGAUUGUCGCAUCCCAGGUCACGCACAACAUCCUCCUCGUCUCAUCAGGGUCUCGACCUGUGGUGACCCCCUCCACAGAUGCGACGCUCACAAUAAAAAGAUGAGUAUAAAUAAGUCGAGGGCUCCGCGGUGGCAGAUUUUAUUUUGGCGAGGCGUAAACAGGCUUCCAAAUGGAAAUCAGAAGAGUGCAAGGAGAAAUUCAGGGUCACGAUCUGUGAAGAUAAUUGAAAUUGGCCUCCCUCACAGUGAAUCUCAAAUUGCUGCUUCCCUUUGAUUUCUCACAGUAUCGUGAGUUUUAGCAGUAUUACAAUACAAAUCUCUACAGAUUCAGCUUAUAGGCGAGGAGCUGUAAACAAUCACAGUUAGUGAUCGAAGCCGUUCUCAACUUCCUGAAGCUUCCUUUUAAGGUGGAAUUUUUUUUGACACUUCUUUAAGAGGUCAAUCAGCAAACAGUAAUGCUGUUAGUCCUGAUCUUUCCUGUGAUUUAACAAGAAGCCUUUCGCAGCAGAUUCAGACACAAAACGGUUGGUCAGAAAAAUAACAUCAACCCCCCCUUUAAGUUUGAUUACGUUUUAAAUACUGAACAUUUCCUCUUGUUCCCAGUUUCAUAGAACAUACGAGAACACUACAACAACCUGAACCAGAGAUAUCGUUUUUUUUUUAUUCCACACAUCAUCUUCCUUGUCAAAACCUGGUGCUUAUGUUACCCACAAUGCAACAUGGCCACCUAAUAUAGCCUGUAGCCCAGUGUUUCCCAAACCAUGGCGACUCAGUUCACAGCAAAAAGAGUAGAAUUUGCCAUCAAUAAUGCUGUCGGCCCUGAACUUUCCCAUCAUGUAACAACUGAGGAAGUUGGACUGACUAGCAGCCAAUCACAGCAUCAUUUUCACUUUAUGAGAUAAAAUAUGUGAAUGACCAUAGUUCACUUUAUUCUGGCAACAGGAGCUCCUCUAUUUCUGUUGCAUUGUGGGACGAUCGUGCCCUUGAACACCAACCGGAGUCAAAACUGAACCAUUUUAAUUUUAAAUGAACUUCUUUUUGUAAUUUUUCCAAUGGGAAUAUGUGAAAUAAUCCAGAAUUAGUCAAAAAUUAGUAUGUAAUAUGAAACUGGGACACAGUGUUGGUUAGUAAUCGGUACUUUGGCCGGCUGUAUGAAUAGUUAAUAUAAUUAAUUCCUCGACUGAACCUUCCUGCUAAGACGUGCUUUGGUCUGUGUGGUCAGAGGUUAAACAGGAUUGACACUUUCAACCUCAGAGGACAGCGAAAACACUUUUAGCCUGGAGCCAAGUUCCACUUUUAAAUAAAAAUAAAUAAGUAAAGGCUUUUUUAAUGAUCAGAAAUGUUGAUUUGUUUAAAUAUUACACCUUACCUGUAACAGGAGGGUUAACUGGUAUCUUAAAGUCUGUUUCCAUCCACGUUUUUAUGCAACUAUUUACCCAGAGCGUAAAAAAUCUGGGAAAAUAUUGAAGAACUUUUUUAUACUUGGCUGAGGUGGAAAAGCAAAAUGCGAUGAAGUGCAGUGGAAACAGACUUAGAAACAGACAUUUCCAUCACGAUUUCAUGUGAAAUUUUGUUAAAAUUUGCACUAAAUUUGAAUUGACUCUUUACUUUAGAGCAUAAUCUACCCUUUAAAGGUUAUCUUAAUGAAAUUCACUGCCACUAGGUGUCGCAGUAGAGCACCAGCAUCUCGGACCAAGACAAUGGGCGCUGCAGCCGGCCAGACUCCAUCGACAAAACUCUUGUUUUAUCCAGCAGAUAAUCGUAAACUAAAUGAAACGGGCUACAAUGCUACAAUCCUACAAUCAGACUACGUUAGCUAAAAGAGCUUUUUGUAACAGCCGUAAUAUCACAAUCACUCUCCUCCAGACUCCAUCGUAACAUCGUAACUUCAGUCCACGUGGACAGAAACAAAACUCACCAAAACCGUCUCUGUUAGUCUUUCCGCUGUUCCAACAAUCGAAAUCAAAAGCAGUUUCAGUCGCUUUUACACCGAGUCGCACGCACGUCCAGACUGGAUUUAUAAAACAAACCACAGAGAGGCUGCGAUACAACACAGGCAGAUGUAAUCUUAUAUAUAACCUUUUAAAGAAGAGGUUUGAUUAGUACCUUCAAGUCUCGAUUAUUUCCCUUUAAGUGGAGGAUUUGUUAACAUCACAGACCUUCCCUUUAAAAAGCGCCAACAUUCCCUUUAAGUGGGACUUGUAUUGAUGAUCAAAAAGAUUUCUAAACCCUCCCCUCAGAAGGAAGCUCGGUUUUGUCAACAUCCUGGACCUGAACGACUCUGAACUUUCCCUUUAAGACGAAACCAGUUUCACAAUCAGCACUUUAAAUUCCUGAAACCCCUGAACUCUUCCUUACAGUCGCUCUAAAGGAAGCAGCGUCUGUCUCGUGAGAGGGGAAUUAGCAGGUUGUGAACUCAGACGGACGGACCGACGGAUGUUUGCGGCUGAGGUGAUGUUGUGCAUGACCUGUGUUGCCGUGGAGACGGGAGGAGGAGGAGGAGGAGGAGGAGGGUGAACCGGAGCACUGAAUGUGUGCCUGCAGCAGCAGUCUGACUGUACACAGUGACCGAUCGACCGACAGACAGGGUGGAUUUAAAACAAACAAACAAACACAAAAAAAAAAACACAACAAACAAAAUCGCCGAGUGCCAAAGCUGGGAUCUGCUGCAUUCUCACUACACUUUAAAAAAAAAAAGGGUUCUUCUUCUUCUUCUUGUUGUAAA